CUCUCCAAAACUCUCUCCAAUGGCUUCUUCUUCUUCUUCUUCUCCCAACCACUCCUCCCACCGAUCCAUAUUCCACGACCCGGAUACCACAUUCGUCCAAACUGGCCCGGAAACCUUCCGGGAAGUCGUCCAAAGACUAACCGGCGCCGCCGCCUUCAACCUCCACGAGAGAAGGGCAACCGUGAGAAAGCUCAAGAUCAAGCUCGGCGCGGUGGUGGAGUCGCCGGUUUCCCCACUUGAGUACGCGGGGAGGCCGGCGACUCCGAGCGACGAGGAAGAGAGGGCCAUUGCGGAGAAGGGAUUUUACUUGCACCCGAACCCGUUUGGCACUCCGCCAGGAUCCGACCCGCCUGAGCUACUGCCUCUGUUUCCACUCCAUUCGCCUAUUAACUGAUCCUCUUUUUAUAAUUUUAGUUAUAGUUAAUUUUGGUGGCUUAGUUGAUGAGUAUUAGUAGUGUUGUGUGAUUUGUAGUUUUAGAAGAGCUUCAAUAAAGUCUUGUGAGUUUUGAUGUUCCAUUUUAUUUGGGCUUAGUAAAAAGAAGA